AUGGCCACCAUGGACGGUGGUGCCACCAAAAUGCCUGCGAAUCCAUGUUUCCCGGCUCCUAUCAAAACUCACAUCAGGAACCAGGACUCCUAUUCGUCUUCAUUAAGCCAUGAUGCUAUGGCUCUUGGCGAGCCCAUCCCGUCGCCACGCCGAUGGUCGCCCACAUAUCAACCCCGAAGGAGGAGUAGGCAAUUUCCGAGUUUAUCAUUUGUGCCGGCCCCGGCCAUACCACGAUCAGAACAUGAAGUUUCACCAUCACUGCCACGUUUCUCCAUGGAUCGCGGACAAGCCACGAUGUCUCCGUUUCGCUCAGUGCGAAGGAUGAAGGAACCAUUUCAACUCAUGCUACCCAAAUCACCAGCCUCGGUAUCCUCCCCGGUAUCUACAUCAUGCGACGGUGCGCCGCCAUUCGCUCCCAAGACAGCUCGGGGAUCAAGGCUGCCGGACGGCCAUUCAUUGCGAACGUGGAGAUCUGAUCAGAAUUUGAUAUCGACGAGCAUGUCUGCUUUUGGACUGCUACCAAGUCCUCCCAUCUCAGAUUCAAGGCCUGCCAGUACGGGACCUGAAUCUUAUUUCGCCUGCAAAGAAACUUCGCACGUGGACGGUGAGAAUGGUCCCUAUGAGUUGGAAGCGCCGGAAGCGCCGACUCCAGAGAAACCAACGGAGAAACCAGCAGAGAAGCCCACAAAGGAAGUUCGUGAAGAAACUACAGUGAAGCAUGAAAAACAGUCAGAACAGGUUCAGAAUCCACCACAUACUAUCUAUCGUUCUUGGCAGACUAGUCCGGUCGAUCCACGACUGGCAGAUGUCACAAGCGUUCAAGAAGCACAUUCGAAUUUCAUGCGGCAAUGCGAGAGUGACGAAAUAGCAUCACCAUCAGAUGGACCUAAAGCUCCACCGGUUCCUUUCACAUCACCUGCAUCUGAACUCAACCCAGGGUCUGUUUCAGACAGGUCCCCGGAACCACAACGCCCGAGAACUGGAACUGUCUCGAGCGAAGCAAGUUGGGUGCCAAACAACUUCUCGUAUUGCAAGACAUGGCUCCAAGGUGUGCCGCUGGAGUCUCCAAAUGGUAUUCAAAAUGAAAACCCCCGGGUGUCGAACAGGAGAAAAUUCCAGAUCGUUGAGAAGGAUCCACCCAUGCCCUCAUUACACGCCAUUCCCGGGGCUAAGGCUCUUGAUGAACCUGUGCGAUUUGCCGUUGCCAGCAAACCCCGAUUAGUAGACAUUGCGCGACAGUCCUCACCGUCUGUAGCGCCUUCUCCCUCAUUGGAUCCAUCCCCGGUACCGCCUCCUGUACCGACGCACGCAGUCCCAAUGACGCCUGACCAGAUCCAAGAGGAAGUUUCCGCAUUCAGUCCUGAUACACCUCAAGACAACCCCCUGGCUAUGUCUGAUAGUGGCUACGGUACUCGGGAAUCUGGUUACUCUCUGGACAGUUACCCGGACAGCAAGGACGACGACACAUAUACUGAUCCUGGAUCAUUAACAUCAGACAGCGUCACAUCAACUGUUGUUUGCGAACGUUCAGACUCCGCGCAGGGAGAGCGCGAAACAUCACCGCAGCCUGAGAUACGAUCAGGCAGUGUCAGCCCUCGGGCCUCGCCAUUACCGCUUGCUCAUACCUCGCCAGAUCGAUCUAUCAAGUCUGACAAGGAAGAAUUGGAGAAACAAGGUUCAUGGCGACAUGAGUGGACAAUAGACGACCAUGAAUGGACGCUUGGAGAACUCGAACACUCCGUCAAAGACUUCCCUCGCAACAUGCUACGUCUCACGUCACCAGUCAUCGUAUUCCUCCGCAAGAACGACGAAAAGGCCCUCCUGCGGCCAUUCCGCACUAUUUUCCCACAUGCCACAGAGAAUCUAUUAGAUUGUCUGUGCGCUGCAGUCAUCGCUCGCAAUUAUCUCCUUUCUCUCGCCGCGACCCAUCGCCGCAGACCUUCAUUAUCUGUCCGAAACGACAUGUAUGCCGUGGAUGCCAUUCCCGCAAAAGCAUAUAGCACCCUGGGCAUCCAACUCCCGACUGGAUCACCCAGUCACCGCAAAGAUCGGUUCAUUGGCUCCCGCAGCAGUGAUCUUCGUCAACAAGUCGAGAAAAUUGUUGACAACCUGCUGUUUGCCAUCUGUGGACGAUCCGAUAGCACACUGAAAUCUGCAGUCGAAGUCUUGGCGCAGGUUCUCGAAACCAAGGCUACCUAA